AUGGUAUUCCAAAGCCACGGACCUGUCUCGUUCACAAAGACGACGUUGUCAUACCCAGUGUAUGCAGCCGAGUUUGACCCCUACAAUCGUGGCUACCUCGUAGUUGGCGGAGGAGGUGGUCAAGGUCGCAGUGGUGUCGCAAACAAGAUUACUCUACUGGACACGAGCAAACGCGCAACUCUGGAUACGACGGCCGAAAUCGAGCUCUCGAGCGAAGAAGAUUCAAUCACCUCAUUGGCUACACUGGCUUCCAAGGAUGGCCUCAUCACCCUAGCUGGAAUCAAUUCAUCCGAGGCGGAUCAGAAGGCUGGAAAGAACGAGCACUUGCGCACCUUCGAGAUCAAGUACCCAAAGAAGAAGCAGCCCUCGGACGAGAAGCAAGACACGGAUACUGCAACAGCACAGGACGGCUCGAUCUCGUUCGUUGGCAAGACAAGCAUCUUCAAGCCAGCUACUGGGCCUAAGCCAGAAACAUAUCAGCGGGUGCUGCGACUCUCGCCUACAUACAAGCGCGACUCACCGAACAGACGCAUUGGAGCUGUUGCAACAGGACUGGCCAAGCAGUCCGAGAUUGUCGUCUUCGAUGCCACAAGAACGCCCACCACCGACUCUGAUAUCAUUGCUCGCAUCCCGCUACGCGACAAUGCCGAGGCUGCAGAUCUGGACAUUACUGAGCUGGAAACAAAUACCUUCUCAAUCACCUGGGCCACCGAUUAUGAUGUCUACGAGCAGACUGUCAUGUACAACUUUGAAACCAAAAAGGCUUCCUUUUCUCCUCCAAACCCGCGUAAGGUCUACACCAUGCCUUUGCGUCAAGAUGCCACAAAACCGGCACGUCCCAAGUAUCGUGCUAUCAGAUGGUUGGGUAACGAAGAUGUCCUACUUUUGAGCAACCUGCCUGGUCGUUCUGGCGCAGAGUUGAGCAUCGUCCACUUUUACCCGUCCGGUCCCGCGAUGCAAGUCAAAUUGAAGGGACUACCUGGCCACGUUAAGCAAGCUGUUGGUCUUGACGUCUGCAGUCUGGACUCGGACAAGGCUGGAAACAAGCAAGUUGUUGUGGCCGUUGCAAGUCACGACAUCUCUAUCCCUGUCUACACGCUCGACUACAAUGCCAACACGCACACUUUUGGCAAGUUCAAGCGCUUCACCACUCUUCGCGAUGUACAUCCGCUACAAAUGACCUGCCUACGCUUCUCGCCAUUCCACAGCCCGGUUCGUGCUCCUGCACCCGAGCAGGAUAAGAAGGGCAAUCCGAUACCCGCCAAGAAUCCCGUUCAUCCCGGUCCUCAGUACAUCAAGCUAUGCAGUACCAGUAUGGGCAACACUGUUGUCGUAGACACUUUCGCUCUCCUCCCAUCUCAGCCUGCAGACCGUCUAAGUCGUUAUGUUCUUUUGCAUCCUUCGGAUGAGGUCCGUCAACGAACCACCUACGGCAUUCUUAUCGGUUUCGCAGUCUUGGUGUUUGCAGUGCUUCUCCAGUCAGUGUACUCAAGCGAUCCUUUUGCACCCAGUUUCGCCGAUAUCAUUCCUCUACCAGCAUCAUGGCAGAAGACCCUGGCACACCCAGCAGGCAUUGCCGAUAGUAUGGGCCGCAAGGGCUGGGAGCCAAUCGCCGAUGCCGCCUCCACCGUUUCUUCCGCCGUCCCAGCGGCAGCAUCCUCAAUAUCAUCCGCCGUCCCCGAAGCAGCAUCCGCCAUCUCCUCGGCCAUCCCCUCCGCCAUAGCAUCCCCCGGCACAAAAAUCGCCGACUUGCUAGAUAUGCACUUUGCCCUCCCCGGCGGCUCUUCCAACGACCAAAAAGCCGUCAUUGUGCGUGACCCUGGCCAAGGCAAAAGCCUCGCCGUUCACAUGGGCGACAAACAAGCAUACAUGGCGCAAGACGAAAAAGCAAGACAUUGGCAUGAAUUCAACGAGGAAGAGAAGAAAGUUUGGAAAAGUAGAUUGGUGGAGGCUGGACAUUGGACUGUUGAAGAAGGGGAAACUAUCCUUAAAGGUGUUGUGUUUAGUAGUUGGGCGGGAUUUGUGGGGAGGGUUGCUGGGGAGGUUAUUAGAGAGCUUUGA